GAAAUUCUUGAUUAUUUAGGUUAUAUUUCCAUUAAUAUUUUCGAAUAUGGCUGACAAAGUUGAUAUCGAAGCAACUGUUACUGGUGGGGGGCUUACUGGACAAUCUGGUGCUAUUCGUAUGGGUAUUGCAUUAGGGCUUCGAAACUUUGUCAGUAUCGAGAUGGUAGAAAAAAUGAGACUUGCUGGCCUUCUGACUCACGACCCUAGAAAACGUGAAAGAAAGAAGUUCGGACAGGAAGGAGCUCGAAGAAAAUUUACGUGGAAGAAACGUUAAUAUCGUUUCCCCAAUUUUCUGUACCUUACAAAUCGUACGAGUUAAUUCCAUUAAACUCUUGUAAAAUAUCAUU